AUGACGUUUGUCUUUGAGGCCCGACGUCUUCCCUUUGGCGACGGCGUGGGACCAAUGUACGGCCCAAGUCCCAUGGAUCCCGGCAGCAUGGAUGCAGCACGGCUGAACGGGCUCCCACGGUGGAAGCGGCGACUGUUGCCGCAUGUGUUAAACGUUGUGGAACAGUUUUACACCCCCGCCGCGUCGCUGGAACUGGACGCUGAACUGCAGGGCUGGACGGUGGCGCUUCGCAUUGUGGAGGAGCUGCCGGAGCUGGAGAUGGCCUACAGCCGUAUCCUGGAGUUUCGUAAGCGACAGCGCGCGGGCGAUAUGACGGAGGAGGAGCUGAUGAUGGAGGAGCUGCUGCGUGAACGCAUGGGCAGCGACUACUGCAGGGAUACAGACGACGACAUCGACAUUGCCAUGUGCUUUAACGUGGACGGCGCGGUGGUGAGCAUUGGCUCUGCCGACAUGUUUGGCGGCCACGGCUAUCAUGCGAUGCGGCAGCCGUGA